AUGGUCCAGAUCAAAGAAUUCGAGGUAGAAAAGUGGAUGGACGAGAAUGAGGGCGACGCAAUUCACAAUAUUGCAGAAACAUGCUGUUCAUCCAUCACAUUAGAAGAGCUUCAGCAAUUGUCCGGCGCUGAUAGUCCAUUGGCAUUCCUCGACCCCAAGCAACCAAUGACAUAUGGACCCAUUAGAGGUUCAGUCGCGUUACGAACCCAUAUCGCAGAGAUAUACGGUGCCGCCCCCAUCUCUGCGGAUGACGUCCUGAUCACUAGUGGCGCCAUCCAUGCUAAUUUCUUGUCUCUUUACGCACUUAUUUCUCCGGGAGACCAUGUUGUAUGUCAGUAUCCCACCUACCAACAACUAUACAGCAUACCGGAGUCCCUGGGAGCGGACGUCACGCUGUGGAAGGCCAAUUUUAGCGAUAAAUGGGCAAUGUCUUACAAAGACCUUGAAAGUGCGAUCAGACCAAACACCAAAAUGAUCAUUCUGAAUAACCCCCAAAAUCCCCUCGGUACAGUAAUGACCAAGGAAGAACUUCAGAAAAUUGUGGCUCUCGCUCGUGCACACGACAUUUUGAUACAUUGCGACGAAGUGUACUGGCCAUUGGUACAUGACGAACAUAUCCAAAGUCAAGUCCCAUCGAUCACGGAACUAGGUUAUGACAACGUCGUGGCCACUGGCUCAAUGUCAAAGGCUUACAGUCUUGCUGGGAUUCGAGUUGGCUGGCUGGUUUCACCCAAGAAAGCUCUCAUCGACCUCCUAGCAAGUGUCCGUCACUACACCACCAUCUCGGUGAGCCAGAUUGACGAUCGGAUUGCUACACUAGCCAUGCGUCCGGACGUGCGUCGAAAGAUUCUAGAACGCAACAUCGCACUGGCCCGGAAGAACAAGGCCUGUGUCGAAGCAUUGAUUGCGGAAUUUCCAUCGGUUUGCGAAUGGGUAACACCGAACGCGGGCACAACUGGACUGAUCCGACUUCGUCAGAAAUCAACCAACGGCGGCGGGUUUAUAGAGGAUGUUUCCUUCUGCCACAAUCUGCAAAGAGAGACAGGGACGAUGCUGGUUCCGGCAAGCCACUGCUUUGGGGCAGGUAAAGAGUUCGUUGGCUGUGUCAGAAUUGGCUACGUGUGUAGCCACGAAGAACUUGUCAGAGGACUGGCGGGCCUGCGCAGCUAUCUUGCCCAAUACUUUGUAGAUUGA